AGCGGGUGUACCACUGUGUUUCAGAGGGUGGGAACCACAAUUCCCAGAGAGUUGUGCGGUUGAGAGUCUCGGACGGCCUUCCGAGGUGCUCUGUUAGUUUCAGCACGGUGGGGUCUGUCCCAGCCGGACGUAGUGUACUGUCCUGGCUGGAGGGGCGGCCCAGUGGGGGUCGUGCCUCCUGGAGCCGCCCCCAGGACGUGAGUCCUGGAGGAGGCAAGGGUCAGUCCAGUUGUUGAGAAGACUAUGAACAGGUCAGAGAACUUGUUCUUUACUGGUUCCUCAUUAACAUCCCAAGUUCAUGCUGCUGCUAUUAAUGGAGAUAAGGGUGCUCUUCACAGGCUCAUCGUAGGAAACUCUGCCCUUAAAGACAAAGAAGAUCAGUUUGGGAGAACACCACUUAUGUAUUGCGUGUUGGCUGACAGACUGGAUUGUGCAGAUACUCUCCUGAAGGCAGGAGCAGACGUUAAUAAAACUGACCAUAGCCAGAGAACAGCCCUCCAUCUUGCAGCUCAAAAGGGAAAUUAUCGUUUCAUGAAACUCUUACUAACACGUAGAGCAAACUGGAUGCAGAAAGAUCUGGAAGAGAUGACUCCUUUGCACUUGACCACCCGCCAUAAGAGCCCCAAGUGUUUGGCGCUUCUGCUGAAGUUUAUGGCACCAGGAGAAGUAGAUACACAGGAUAAAAACAAGCAAACGGCUCUGCAUUGGAGUGCUUACUACAACAACCCUGAGCAUGUGAAGCUGCUUAUCAAGCAUGAUUCCAACAUUGGGAUUCCUGAUGUCGAAGGCAAGAUCCCACUGCACUGGGCAGCCAACCACAAGGAUCCGAGCGCUGUGCAUACAGUGCGAUGUAUUCUGGAUGCUGCUCCCACGGAGUCUUUACUGAACUGGCAAGACUACGAGGGUCGAACUCCUCUUCACUUUGCAGUCGCUGAUGGGAACGUGACAGUGGUUGAUGUCUUAACCUCAUACGAAAGCUGCAACAUAACAUCUUAUGAUAACUUAUUUCGAACCCCCCUUCACUGGGCAGCUUUACUGGGCCACGCACAGAUUGUCCAUCUCCUUUUAGAAAGAAAUAAGUCUGGAACAAUUCCAUCUGACAGCCAAGGAGCAACACCCUUGCACUAUGCAGCUCAGAGUAACUUUGCUGAAACAGUUAAAGUCUUUUUAAAACAUCCUUCAGUGAGAGAUGAUUCAGACCUUGAAGGAAGAACAUCGUUUAUGUGGGCUGCUGGGAAAGGCAGUGAUGAUGUCCUUAGGACUAUGCUGAGUUUAAAAUCUGACAUUGACAUUAACAUGGCAGACAAAUAUGGAGGUACAGCUUUACAUGCUGCUGCCCUUUCUGGCCAUGUCAGCACCGUGAAGUUAUUAUUGGAAAAUAAUGCUCAAGUAGAUGCUACUGAUGUCAUGAAACAUACUCCACUUUUCCGAGCCUGUGAGAUGGGACACAAAGAUGUGAUUCAGACACUUAUUAAAGGUGGAGCAAGGGUAGAUCUAGUGGACCAAGAUGGACAUUCUCUUCUACAUUGGGCAGCACUGGGAGGAAAUGCUGAUGUUUGCCAGAUAUUGAUAGAAAAUAAGAUCAAUCCAAAUGUACAAGAUUACGCAGGAAGAACCCCUUUGCAGUGUGCUGCAUAUGGGGGAUACAUCAAUUGCAUGGCAGUGCUCAUGGAAAAUAAUGCAGACCCUAACAUUCAAGACAAAGAGGGAAGAACAGCUUUGCACUGGUCCUGUAACAAUGGAUACCUAGAUGCCAUUAAAUUACUACUAGACUUUGCUGCCUUCCCCAAUCAGAUGGAAAACAAUGAAGAGAGGUACACGCCCCUCGAUUACGCUUUGCUUGGUGAACGCCAUGAAGUGAUCCAGUUCAUGUUGGAGCACGGUGCCCUGUCCAUCGCAGCCAUACAGGACAUCGCUGCCUUCAAAAUCCAAGCUGUCUACAAAGGGUACAAGGUCAGGAAAGCUUUCCGGGACAGGAAGAAUCUCCUCAUGAAGCAUGAGCAGUUGAGAAAAGAUGCUGCUGCCAAGAAGCGAGAAGAAGAAAAUAAGCGAAGAGAAGCUGAACAGCAGAAGGGAAGGCUGAGCCCAGAUUCCACCAGGCCCCAAGCCCCUCCCUCUCUGCCUAGCAACCAGGCUGAGCCCCACAGGCAGAGCUGGGACCCCAGUAAACAGCCUCCCACCAGCAACUUGGCCCAAGGUCCUGAGCAAAGAGCCUGCAGAGGGUCUCCAGGCAGAGGGUCUCCAAGCAGAGCCACCCAGAAGGAGCAGCGUCUGUCCCCAGAUUUGCAGGGAACAGACCCCAGAAAGCCAAACGAAACAUCCAGAGAACAUUCUAAAGGCCGAUCUUCCUGUGUCCACUUCAGCCCCAGUGAAGGCAACGACGGAAACAGGUGUCGAGGAGUCUCUGUUGAAAAGUCCAGAGGUGAGACAGUUGGCGAGCAGCGGUGUGACAAGGGGAAAGGCUUCCUGAAGCAGCCCUCCUGUAGCAGGGUGGCUGGGCCUGGUGAGAAAGGAGAGGACCCCAGGUGGGCAGCUACAAGCCUUCCACAGCAGGAUGGCCACCGCAAGCCCAGCAGGCGGCAUGACACAGCACCCAAGGCCAAGUGCACCUCCCAGAAAAGGCGCAUUCAAGAGCUCAGAGGAGGAAGGUGCUCCCCAGCUGGUUCUAGCCGACCUGGCAGUGCCAGGGGAGAGGUGGUCCAUGCUGGGCAGAAUCCUCUCCACCAUCAGAUACCAAGAAACAAAGCAACAGAGGACAAGUUCGAAGGAGAGAUGUACUCAGAUUUGCCACAGAGCACAGAGGUGUUGAGGUCAGGAGCCAGGAAGCUGGGGACCUCUACCCCGUCUGAGGACGCUCAGAUGUCUAAGGAGACUCAUCCAGCUCCUGGGCCCCUCUCUGUGCAGAGCGUGAAUAUCGACCUUCUCCCUGUAGAGCUGCGGCUGCAGAUAAUCCAGAGAGAAAGAAGCAGGAAAGAGCUGUUUCGCAGAAAGAACAAGGCAGCAGCAGUCAUCCAGCGGGCCUGGAGAGGCUACCAGCUCAGGAAGCACCUGUCCUACCUUCUGCACAUGAAGCAGCUUGGAGCCAGAGACAUGGACAGAUGGAACCGAGAGUGCAUGGCAUUACUCCUCCAGGUUUGGCAGAAGGAACUAGAAAUAACCCCCCCGAAGACCAUCACAGUAAGCAGGACUGCCAAGAAUCCAUCCAAGAGCAGCUCGGGCACAAAGCCCACCAGGCACUCAGUGCUCAAGCAAAUCUACGGUUGUUCUCAAGAAGGGAAAGUACAUCAUCCCGCAAGAUCUUCAAAAGCCCAUUCUGCGCUGCGUCUGAACUCAGUGAGCAACUUGCAGUGUAUACACCUCCUUGACUGUGGAAGAUCAAAGAAUUUUUCUUAUAACCUACAAUCAGCUACUCACUCAAAAAACAAAACAAAGCCUCGAGUGCCUGUAGAGGAAGACCGAGUCCGGGGCAGCUCCAAGAGCUAGUGCGGAGUUCUCCUUCUCUGCUGCUUCUCUUUCACAUCUCGGGGAAACUUUAAUAGCCAUGCCUGAAGCCUUAUUAGCCUGGAAAUGUGGUAACAACUGAAAGGUCACAGUGUUUGCUUUCUGCUGUCACACAGCACUGUUCUGUAAAUUCUCUUCACCCGCGCUGGAAGGUCCAGGGUAGACUAUGCCCGUGGUGACUGCCUCGCUGUCUGCCUUCACCUCAGUCAGCAUGGGUAGAAAGGAGAAUUUCUAAUUAAGUCUAAGUCUAACUAAGAAUGUGAGUACUACAGGGGCUACUGGCUUGGGAUUUCUGCCAGGCAGCUGGCACAGGCCUGGUUUUUUGGCUCCAGUGAAGAACCUAAAUGAGAUGGGAGGAAACUGUCCUACAGCAGCCACCUUCAUUUUACCACUUUUCUGGAAUCUAAUGCAACAACUUCAUUACAGACACCACAUCCUGUUAUGGCAACAUUAUCAGUUUUAGGCCAGAAUCAUGAUCCAGUGUUUGCUUUGAGAGAUUUCUGUAAGACCGUCACAUCACAGGUGCUCUGUUCACCUCGGUUGAUCCCUUACAUGUCACAGUUCAUGUCAGUGUCUGAAGGCCACAGGCUGCUGCCACGUCUUUGUGAAAGGCAUUACUAGUAUCAAAGCACCAAGGAAUCAGUCGUUUACGCACAAGGUACCAAUUCAGGCCUUAACAUUCCACUUGUUUUCCGCCUGACCCGCAGAGGUGAGCAAGCAGUCUUAUCAAAACGCCAUUCCUACUGACAGGGGAAACUGUUAACUACACAUUCUAGCUCUGUAAGAACAUGAAAUCUAGUAACUGGGGGCUUUUUCACAUUUUUAAGGACAAAGCUAAUCUAAGAAUAUAGACAGGAGGCCUACACAGUGACAUAGUAGGCUCACAAAGAUUUCUAGGACUGCUUCCAUUUUCUUAAGAUUACUGCCACCCUUGUCCUGGCAGUAAGAGAUAGGAAGCAAUAAAAUGUUAAUUACCUUUGCUUUUUUACUUUGCUAAUUAAAUUAUUACAUGAUUAUGAAAAUAAUGAAUAUGUCAUAGAAAUAAUUAUGUAUAGCUAAUAAUUUUUUAAGAACUAUAAUGGGUAAUUAAUUAGUAGAAAAUCACUUUGACAGCCAUUCCCUCUAUCAGACAACCACCAUUUAGGUACAGGAAAACCCAGAACAACAGUAGCACUGUCUUGAAAUCUUGCUCCUGUAUAGAGGGCUCCAAAACCUCCGUAAAUAACAGAACUCUACAGUGAGAAGCUCAAUGUCAUGAUGGAUAAGGACAACCACUCCCAAACCAAACAAAAAACUGGUUUCUGUUGCUGUCUGAGUAAACUGGAGCUGAGAACACAAAGAACGAGAUUUACCUAGAUGGGAUCACAAAAAUUUAGCUAAUUUCUUAGUAAAUAAUAGAUACCGUAUGAUCACUCUGUAUUAUAUAAAUUUUCAGUUCCCAUAAAAUGUAAAAUAUACUACCCCAUAGCACGUGCAAGUCCAGGAAGCCAGCCUGCAUCAUUUUCCUACCUUUGUGGAAAAGAAGGUCUAUAAACAACUUCUUUAAAAGUUCAGCUUUAAUGACAAACAUUUAUUACAUCAGUCUCUCUUCAAAAUUAGAUGCGAAUAAACAAUUUCAAACAGGAA